GGUCCUCGCGCAACCACCACCCCAACGACCACAAGCCAGAGAGCCACUUUUUAAAAGUUUCCAAGUUUUUUUUUGUCCGGUGGUUCGAAAACAAUACCAUGCCACCCACAUCCUCACGAACGGAGAACGGUGGUGACGGCCUGACUUCUCCAGUCUCCUUCCAGCUAGAACAACCUCCGUGGGGCGACUCGACCGAAACCAACGGACGCAAAGCACAGGUCAAGUCGGCGGAGAAUGGCAGUCUGGAAGUGCCCACCAACCCUCACGGAAUCUCACUGUUUCUCGCCACGGUAUUCGUGGUCGGAGGCGUCGCGGGCAUCGGCAUCCUGGCUCUUCCGUACUCCAUCGUUGAAACCGGCUGGUUCGGACUAUUCCUCAUCGUCGCGUCGGCAUUCGCGUCAGGCUACAGCGGUUGGAAGCUGGGCGCCUGCUGGACAAUCCUGGAGGAGCGAUGGGCCGAGUACAGAGGACACGUGCGAGACCCGUACCCUUCCAUCGCGUUCAGGGCGUACGGCAAGUGGGCGAAGUUGUUCACGUCGACCGUGCAAAUCAUGGGCCUGUUCGGCUACGGCUCGGUGUUCAUUCUUCUCUCAGCCGAGCUGGUCAUGGAUGUUAUGAGGCAGUUCUUUGGUGAUAAGGGGACGCUCACCUUCUGCUACUGGCUUAUCAUCAUCUCGGCUGCCAUGGGUGUACUCAUGCUGCUGGGAACGCCCAAGGACUUCGGGUUUGCAGCAUUCGGCGCCAUGGGAGCGACUGCGGCGGCGUUCCUGAUCGUUGUAGGCGUCUGCUGCGCCCGGAUGCACGAAGGACGAGCGGCGUUUCCCCGGCACCCGGUACACAUGGAUGUCGCGCAGUUCUUCAGGGGCUUCGGCACCAUCAUGUUCUCGUACGGUGGCGCCGCCAUGUUCCCCACCAUCCAGAACGACAUGAAGGACAGGAGCCGUUUCCCCAUGGCCGUAGCGUACGCCACCAUUGCCCUUGUGGGUCUGUACGUGGUCAUGGCGACACUGGGCUACCUGACCUUCGGCAACGAAGUUGGAGCCAAUAUCCUGAUGUCCAUCGGUGACGGAGGCGUGAGCAUCGCCGUUCAGCUGCUCUUCAUUGUGCACCUUAUCACCGGCUUCCUCAUCAUCAUCAACCCCAUGUGCCAGGAAGUCGAAGGGCACAUCGGCAUCCCCACAGAGUUCACGUGGAAGCGGGUGGCCAUGCGAUCUGCCAUUAUGCUGGCGCUGCUGUUCACCACAGAGACGGUGCCGCAUUUCGGCAAAGUGCUGCCCCUCGUGGGAUCCUUCAUGGUCGGCCUGACCACGUUUAUUCUUCCCUGCCUGUUUUACUACAAGCUCUGCUCCCAGAAGUCACCCGAGUGGAAAGACAGGACCAUACCGACGUGGGAGAAGGUGGUCAUACUGAUUAUCCUCGUCGCCGGUUUGAUCGGAACGAUCGCGGGCACCGGAGCCUCCAUAGAGGACCUCGUCAAGCCCGGAGCAUUCGCCCUGCCUUGUUUCAUCGAUCCGAACGUGAAGCCGUGAUGAACAUCGUCGACAGAGUGAACACGACGACCAUUGUUCGGGACAACGUACUCCCGGUUGGGAGUAAAACAACGCUGUCCCGGCCGGAUCCUCCGAACGAAAGACCUGCGAGACCGAAUGAAAGAUUCAAGCGUGGAUUGGUGUUUAGCUGGGACAGAGUGUGUUUCGAGCCCGCUCAGUUCAGUCUGCUUAGUUCCCAAAGCCUUCGUGGACGUUGUGGACUACGAAUGCCGGCGCGAAACGCUUGCACUCGCGAACUGUUGUAUCAUAUAACGCGUUUCAUGUCACGAAGAAAUGGUUUUACGCGAGUUGAGAGCGUGGUGCAUCCUGCAUUCUGCAGGUCGUACGCCUCACGUAGACUGUCUUUUGCUAGAAUCGUCGGGACCAUUUUAACAAGAAUUUCUUUUUUAGGGGGGAUAUGAACAUACUUAACAUGGACUGAGUGCGUAUUCGUUCCUGUAAUAUACGCAGUGUUUCAAAGGUUAUAGAUAAAAAUGACUGACUUGUAGUACAGAAGGGAGGAGAGGGGGGUUUCUAUCGGCGGUGUUUUUUGUGGCUGUUGACUUAGAACUGAUCAUUUUUGGAGUUGCCGAACCUCGUGAAUGACUUAAUAUAUUCUGGAACUUUAUGGUACAAAGUGGGUACAAAGUUAAACCAGGACUGCUAGCUCUUGUUUCUGCGUGGCUCAGGAUGUUCUGUUCUUGUGCUUGUGUGGGUGACGCAAGGCUGUUGUUGCGACCAAAGGACUGCAAAACGCCGAGGGGACAAUAUACAACAGGAGUGUUUCCUGUGUGUCUCUUCAUAUUGCAGCUCAUUUUAGAGCUUUUAUUAUUAUGUACAGUUCAGCUGCAUGCUCGUUGGACAUGAUCGCGAAUCUUACAGUAAAUAGAUUU